AAGAUGCAGUCUGGGGUUAAAGGCUUCAAAAACAGUUCGUUAAACGGUUUCGAGAAAAAAAAAUUGUAAUAUAAUCGGACAAACUGUGCAUAUAUGCAUAUUUCACGCGAUUGCUAAGCCGCGCAAAAUUUUUGUGAUCGAAGAAUUAAUCUCGGGUCGACAUAGGCUAUCGGAUCGUGACGCCUUUUUUUUAACCACGCAAUUUAACUGCGCAAAUGACGAAAAUUUCUCAGUACUGGCCGAAACGCUCACUGGUGAUCUCCACCAAGAGUUCUCAUUGUCGUCGCCGAAGACGAUCGGUGACAUUCGAGUGUGUUCCCUGAGGAAAAAGGAUUAUACGUGAAAAUAAAAAAGCAGCAUCGAUCUCUGAUCACAGACACGACAAACGCAUUCUCUGAGCAUCGUGUUAAAAUAUGUCGGGGAUCAUGGAGCAGAACGACGGCCUAAAGAGGAAACCAACUCUCGUUAGACGAGUGUCCGACAUGUUUAAGGAUGGAAACUAUAGUGGGCCUCCGAUGCUAUUCCGACAUGCGUCAAUGCAGAAGAUCCGUCAUUGCUGCCAAAAUCUCAACCUGUUACCGUAUCUUCUUUACUCUUUCGACAAUUCCAAAUCACAUCCGUUAGCACGCAAGAUGCACGUCUACCUCAGCCAUUUUCUUCAGGAGAUUAUAAUCGGUAUUCUGGCCACGUACGAGAAUUUGCGUCAAUUUACGCUGCAUGGAAUUCAUAUUGAGAAACCAAUCCACAUACAAAAAGCGACAGAAGAAACAAACGACGAUUCCGCUAAACCUGUCGUGAAGUUCAACAGGUUUAAAAAGUCGAAACGCAAGCAUUCAUGCUAUCUGGCUGCGGCCGUGUAUCUCGUGCCAUUGCUGCUCGUCUUCCAGAUGAUGGUUAUAUGCAGCCUGACGAUUUUCGGCAAGUAUACUCCGGGUUUCCUCUUCCUGAUUACGUCGCUACUGUUCCUCGGCGGUAUCGCGCUUAAAAUACUGUUACACGGGACUGUGAUGUACGGCAUCAAAAAGUGCGAGAGGAAAAAGGUGCAGUGAUCUUCCGUCUCGCUGUUUUCAUUGCCGCUUUAUCGUCUAGAGACAAUACAAGAACAGAAAAGACUCCGCGUUCGGAAUCUACGUGUUCGUCGUGUUACAUGGCAUCAAACGUUACCUUCUGUGCACAAUCGAUAUGACAUUGACAUAUAUUAGCACGUUUGUGUUGAUGAAACCCUGACAACUUCUUCCAUUUCUCUUAAUGCAGUCCUUUCUUUGUCACAUAACGUUUCUGGCCACCAGAUUCAUAUAUGUACUUUUUUCCUACGUUGUUAAAAUCAUUAAGCAGGGAUGUAGAUGUAUAGAAUACACUGCGAAGAAGACAUGUUUUAUAAGCUAUAACGUAUGCAAUAAUGUAAAUGCAAUAACGUGUUUUAAGCGGAAGCAUUAAUUUAAUUGUUCUCAAGCGUAAUCUCGGAGGACUGCUUCUUCGACUUCACGAAGCAAGUAUUGCGAGUAUCUUUGUCCUCUGCAGCAUAAGACUGAGAAUUAUUUUUAACGUAUAUGUUUGUAAAUAAACGUGCGAAUGAUAUAUGUAUAUAUACUGUAUAACGGAAGGUGAGUUUGUAAAACUGUCCUAUCGCGACAAGAAGAAACGAAAGGUAUAGGACCUCGAUAUGACUUCGAUAUGUCCAUUGAAAGUCCGAUCUGUGAUGGUGUGGAUACAAGUGAUAUCUCGUAGGCACUUGCAAUACCACUUAAUUACACACGAUAAAAGUUAUUUUAUGCGUAGAGAUUACAUUCUAAAAAUACAUCUUUAACGAUCGUAUCUAUCGAUUAUGUUUUCUACCGAAAAUAAAAGAAACUGAUAAUACUUU